GUGCGUGCGGAGCUGCGACAUCAGCGACCAUGGAGAAGCCGAGGGAGGCCGCCCAGAGCGAGGGAUGGUCUAGCGGAUGGCCGGAGAGACGGGACUCUGGAGCAGAAGUAACUGAGCCAGCCAAAGCCGCGGGGGAAGAUUGGGAGGGGGAUUACAAGGGGUCCGCCGCCCGAGGGAGUGUCUUGGAGGAAGCCAUGUCUUCCCAACCCAACCUCCCAGCUUCCCAAGGAGAAGAAGACUAUGAAAUGGAAUAUAAAGAGUCCAGAGAGCCCCCGAAGUCAGCACCAGCCAUUCCCCCUCUUCCAGAUGUGGCUUCGAAGGCUCAAACAGCUCCCCUCCAGGAGAAGACAACUCCCGUACCACCUAGCUGUAGAAGCUUGUGUCUUUCCUAUCUCGAGAACCUCUUCACUGACCUGUCCAAGAAGUCUAGCACUAUCUCAGAUCCACGCCUGAAGAGACAGCCCCACGGGGACGCUGCUGAAAAUGGGAUACGUCCCCCAGAAGAAGGAGGACAACAUGGCCAGGUGUCUGCCAAGCUUGGUGAUUUUUCCCAUCCAGGCAUGUGGACCCUUCUGCUCUGCCAUGGAGAACGAGGACAGAUUGUGAGCCCUGGGCCAUGGAAAGGCUCAUGUCUGUUCCUAAGCUGGGAUCUUGUGGUUCUCCUGUUAAACUGCACAUGCGUUGACAGCUCCACCAGCCUGCUGGGCUCAGCCCAAAGGCCACAGCACUGGGCUGGAGACAGUUUCAGCCAAGGGUUGGUUUGUUAAUAACCAAGUUCUUUCUCAUCCUUCAGACCCUCCAUCCAUUCCUUGCCUUCUACUCAUGAUCUUCCAUUCCCAACCUCUGUCUUUCUCUGUCCAAAGAUUUUGAUGUUGAAUUAGGUUUAAAACUGGGACGUGCCUAAAACACAAAAACUAGAUCCAGAUUUCUGUUGUUUGUUUCUCUUAAUUUGUUUCAUUCCAAGAUUUGGUUUAAAAAAAACCCUAAAUGCUAAACCCAAAUCCCAUAUAUUCUCCC